GUAUAUAUACAUUAUAAGUACCGAGGAUGGUCUGCAACUGUACUAGACUGAAAAUGGAGUGUUUGAGAGCGUUGUUUGGUGGGUUUCUUCUCUUAUGGGGCUUGACAGUGAGUGCUGAUACUUUACUACCUUGUGAAUUCCCCGCAAUUUACAACUUUGGCGACUCUAAUUCAGAUACUGGAGGCAUAUCAGCUGCGUUUGAGCCUAUUCGAGCUCCUUAUGGAGAAGGUUUCUUCCACAAGCCAGCUGGUAGAGAUUCUGAUGGCCGUCUCAUCAUAGACUUUAUAGCUGAGCGUCUGAAAUUGCCCUACUUGAGUGCAUAUUUGAAUUCACUAGGAGCAGAUUUUCUACAUGGUGCCAACUUUGCCACUGGAGGAUCAACCAUUAGACGGCAGAAUGAGACCAUUUUUCAGUAUGGAAUUAGCCCUUUUUCUCUUGAUAUGCAGAUUGUGCAAUUUAACCAGUUCAAAGUGCGCACCAAAGAUCUUUACGAUGAAGCCAAGUCAGACUCGGAUAGAAACAAACUUCCAAGACCUGAGGAUUUUGCAAAGGCUCUUUACACAUUUGAUAUUGGACAAAAUGAUCUUUCUGUUGGUUUUCGAACGAUGAAUUCCAAUCAACUUCUAGCAGCAAUGCCAGACAUCGUUUCCGGGUUAGCUUCAGCUGUAACAAAUAUCUAUCAACGAGGAGGGAGGACAUUUUGGAUUCACAACACAGGACCUAUUGGCUGCUUGCCUGUGAAUCUAUUCUAUGUUAAAUCCCCACCACCAGGCUUUCUUGAUCAGUAUGGCUGUGUCAAGACUCAAAAUCAGAUGGCUGUCGAGUUUAACAAGCAGCUUAAAGACAAAGUGGUAAAGCUAAGGGCAGAGCUCCCUGAUGCUGCAAUAACAUAUGUAGAUGUCUAUGCUGCAAAGUAUGACUUGAUCAGCAAUGCCAAAGAUUUAGGAUAUGCUGAUCCAUUGAAGGUCUGCUGUGGGUACCAUGAGAACUACGACCAUGUGUGGUGUGGAAACAGCGCAAACAUCAACAACACCCAAGUGUAUGGAGCCUCUUGUAAAGAUCCUUCAAAGUUCAUCAGCUGGGAUGGUGUACACUAUACUCAGGCAGCAAGUCAAUGGGUUGCUAAUCAUACUCAUUACGGCAUGUUGACAGAUCCUCCAGUUCCGCUCAUCCAAUCAUGUCAUAGGCGGUGAGAACCAGCGAUCACAAUCAUACUUGUUAUUCAGGGAACUGAAAAAAAUCGAGGCAAAAAAUUCUAGAAUUAGUAGUACAAGAGAUCACCUAACUGGUUCAUCUCUGGAAAUAUGUGGAAGUUUUAGUUUCUAUGCAAUCAAUUUUAAGGUUGAUAAUUGUAUGACCUUGAGAAUUUCAGCCUCCCUUAGAAUAAAG